AUGCUAAGCUGGGUCAUCUCCCCCCUCGUCGCGGGCGCCUUUUCUGGGAUCAUCUACGCCAUCACUCGGGCUUAUGUCUUGCGGGCUGACCCGGAUCAAGCUAUCCGCCGCCAGCGCCUCUUCGUCGCCCUGCUCAUUAGCAUUAUCCUUGCCGUCACCAUUGUCUUUGUUUGCAUUCGCUCUCCGUGGCCCAGCGAGGAUUUUCGCCUAGCCGGCACCAUCCUCUUCUCGACCAUGCUUCCCUUGGCCGUGGGUGUCGUUGCCUAUUAUUGGCUCUUGCCGCGCGUGUUCCACAACUACGCGCCCUCCUACAUUGACGUCAAGACACCCUUGGUACACGCCGAGCAGCAUCACCCCCGUCGCCGUGAACGCUCGUCGGACACACGUCUUGUCAUACGCAGCACCAGCUCGUCAGAGCGCUUUGCUUCCACCAACUCCAUGGCCGAGUCAGCUGCUGAUGCUUCAGAAAUGGCGCCUGUAGAGAACGAGGAAACGGCCGAUCUUCAUGCAUAUGCUGACCAGUAUAGCGGACUGAUUGAGGCCAACUUUGAGCUCCUCCAAGUCUUGAGCGCAUCCUACCUGGCCUUUAGCCACGGCGCGCAAGAUGUGUCCAACGCCAUUGGACCGGUGACGGCCAUCCUGGACGUGUAUCGCGGGGGCUCGGUGGAAGUGGAUAUCACACCGCCCAUUUGGCUAAUGGCGCUCGGAGGCGCGGGUAUCUGCACGGGCUUGUUCUUUUUUGGCCACUACGUGAUGUCCACCUUGGGCGGCAAUUUGACCAAGAUCACGCCCUCGCGUGGGUUCUCUGUCGAGCUGGGCACGGGGCUGGCCGUGCUUCUGGCUAGUUUUCUCAAGCUUCCCAUCUCCUCGACCCACUGUGCCGUCGGUGCGGUUGUAGCUGUUGGCUUGCUGAAUCGACAAGGAACCAAGGCCGUAUCAUGGUCGUUGCUGUGGAAGGUGGUAGGCUCCUGGAUUGUCACCCUGCCUACGGCAGGACUUUUGUCAGCCGGGUUUUAUGCCGCUCUGCGACCUGUGGUAGCUGCCGUAGAAUUGGGGCCUGCCGAAAUGUUGCUGCGCUGUUUUGGCAACUGUUCAGCCCUGCUUGAUACGUAUGCGUAG